AUGGCUACUCAGUACGAAGUCGAGCAUAAUAUCAAGCCCACCGCCGAGUCCGGUGGCCGCCGGCGUCGCCAGGUCGACAUGUCCACGUUCACGUCGCACCUACACCAGCUCUCGACCGACGACACGGCAUCGGCCCCGCGGCACCACAACCCGCACGCCACUCCGAACCCGGUCGACCUCGCGGCGCUGUUCCGGCUGCUGCAGGACCAGAUGGGCACUCUGGCCAUGACGGCGCCCACCGAGGCCAACCGCGACUUCCUCCGGCAGCUGUUCGAGUCGCUCGAGGACGACAUCUCGAACCCGCCCACCCGGAUCCAGGGCGUGUCACAGCAGUACCUGGACGGGCUGGACCGCGUCCCCCGGAAGCAGGUCAAGGAGGACGAGGCCUGCCCGAUAUGCGCCGAGAAGUACCUGGACGACCAGUACUGCCUGGUAGUCGAGCUGCCGUGCCACCACAGCCACCGUUUUGACCUGGAAUGCGUGGGGCCGUGGCUGCUGAGCAAGGGGAACUGUCCGUUGUGUCGGAAGGAUUUGACGAAGAAGAAAGAGGUCGUGGUGGAGGAUGAUGAGGAGGAUGACGAUCCGAAUGGCUUGUAUGCGUGA